CUACCAGUGUGCCUGCUAUGGUGUCCCGGAACCAGAUCCACCUGGGCCCCAAGUACGUGGGCCUUUGGGACUUUGAGGCCCGAACAGAUGAGGAGCUGAGCUUCCGGGCAGGAGAUCUCUUCCAUGUGGCCAGGAAGGAGGAGCAGUGGUGGUGGGCCACCCUGCUGGAUGAAGCAGGUGGUGCCUUGGCUGAGGGCUAUGUACCCCAAAACUACCUGGCGGAGAAGGAGACCGUGGAGUCUGAGCCGUGGUUCUUUGGCCGUAUCUCCCGCUCAGAAGCUAUGCACCGACUGCAGGCUGAGGGCAGCUUGACCGGCACCUUCCUGAUCAGGGUCAGCGAGAAGGCGGGUGCUGACUAUGUCCUCUCAGUGCGGGAUGCUCAGGCUGUUCGGCACUACAGGAUCCGGCGGCAUGCGGGGGGCCGGCUGCAUCUGAAUGAGACCGUGUCCUUCUCCAGUCUGUCCGAGCUUGUGGACUAUCACAAGGCCCAGAGCCUGUCUCACGGUCUGCGGCUGACAGUGCCCUGCUGGAAGCAUGAGUCGGAGCCACUGCCCCACUGGGCAGACUGGGAGAGGCCUCGGGAGGAGUUCACGCUCUGCAAGAAGCUGGGGGCCGGCUACUUCGGAGAGGUCUUUGAGGGGCUCUGGAAAGACCAGGUCCGGGUGGCCAUCAAGGUGAUUUCUCGAGACAACCUCCUGCACCAGCACACCUUCCAGUCAGAGAUCCAGGCCAUGAAGAAGCUGCGGCACAAGCACAUCCUGGCACUGUAUGCCGUGGCGUCAGUGGGGGACCCCGUCUACAUCAUCACAGAGCUCAUGACCAAGGGGAGCCUGCUGCAGCUGCUGCGGGAGUCUGAUGAGAAAGCCCUGCCUGUUUCGGAGCUAGUGGACAUUGCGUCACAGGUGGCUGAGGGCAUGUGCUACUUGGAGUCACAGAAUUAUAUCCACCGGGACCUGGCCGCCAGGAACAUCCUUGUGGGGGAGAACAAUAUAUGCAAAGUGGGGGACUUUGGACUGGCCAGGUUCAUCAAGGAGGACAUAUAUCUUUCCCAUGACCACAACAUCCCGUACAAGUGGACGGCCCCUGAGGCACUCUCCCAGGGGCACUACUCCAUCAAAUCUGACGUCUGGUCCUUCGGGGUUCUGCUUUUUGAGAUCUUCAGCAGGGGGCAGACGCCCUACACAGGCAUGUCUAACCACGAGGCCUUCCUGAGGGUGGACGCUGGCUACCGCAUGCCUUGCCCCCGGGAGUGCCCACCCAAUGUGCACAAGCUGAUGCGCUCCUGCUGGAGUCGGGACCCUGAGCAGAGGCCUUGCUUCAAAGCCCUCUGCGAGAAACUAUCAGGUUUCACCAGGUAUGAGAACCUGCUCUGAGCUCCUGGGAGGCAGUAAGGCUUAGCCGAGAAGGGCCUGGUGACUGUCCUGGACCUCAAUCAAGGGUGUGCACCAUCCUCCAGUUUACUGAGAUGACAGAGGCUGGAGAUAAGCGGCAAACAUGGCACU